CUAGCCUCAAUUUUGCUCAAAUUAUGAAACGUCGAUGCAAAGAGUGAAAUGUGAUUAGUUUGUUGUUCGGUAGCGGUCGUUGGCCAUCUAACCGGUCUCGGGGCUUGCUGAACACCAGAUUUACGAUAAAAGAGAAGUUUGCCACAAUAACAGUGAUUGUGCAGCUGAAGACACGAGCCAAAACGGUCUUCAAUGGGGAAAAUCUUGGUGCUGGUUUUGGCGCUCUUGGGCCAUUGGGGCGCCGCAACUGAUCCCGAAAUUGAAGAUGAAGAGUUGCGAGCACGCGAUUUUCUGCAAUAUUUGAACAGGAAGGACGAAGAAGGCAAUAAUAGGCUUGCGUUGGCAGAAUGGGCCUAUGCUUCAAACAUCACCGAUCAUAAUCUUCAAAACAAGUUGGCUGUGAGUGCCGAAUUGGCAAAAGAGCGCAAGAAAGACUGGGAAGAAGUGAUCAAAUUCAAUUGGCACACCUUCUCCGACCCCGACCUCAAACGGCAAUUUAAGAAAUACUCAAAAUUGGGUUCCGACGCUCUCCCCGAAGACAAACUCAAACGGCUCGAGAAAAUCAUCAGCGAAAUGCAAAAAAUCUACUCCACUGCAAAAAUCUGCGACUUUCACAACUCCUCAAAAUGUGAUCUCUCCCUCGAACCUCAUCUAACUGAAAUUCUGGCAAAAUCACGCAACGUGGACGAGUUGAAACACGUUUGGGUCGAAUGGAGGAACGCUGUUGGUCCUCAUUGCAAAGUCUUGUUUGAGGAAUACGUCGAUUUGUCCAAUGAGGCCGCCAAAUUAAACAAUUUCACCAAUAAUGCCGAAAAUUGGUUGGAUAAUUACGAGGAUCCUCAAUUUAGAAGCCAAAUCGAAUCGCUAUGGGAACAGCUGAAACCCCUAUACUUGCAAAUACACGCCUAUGUCAGGUUCAAAUUGAGGGAAAAAUAUGGAGAGGCGGUGACUGAAAAAGGACCAAUCCCGGCACAUCUUCUAGGGAAUAUGUGGGCGCAACGGUGGAGAGCCGUGUCAGAGUUUGCACUGCCUUACCCGGAGAAGAAGGAUGAUGAUAUUACCUCCGAAUUGAAGAAACAGAAUUACACCGCUAUGAAAAUUUUUCAAACAGCUGAAGACUUCUUCAAGUCCAUUAACCUAACCGAAAUGCCUGAAAUUUUUUGGGAAAAAUCGAUUUUAACCAAACCGAAUGACCGGGAAAUCGUGUGUCAUGCCUCCGCUUGGGAUUUUUUCGACCGCAAGGAUUUCAGGAUUAAACAAUGUACUGAAAUCACUUUGGAACAUUUCAUAACGGCCCACCACGAAAUGGGACACAUUGAGUACUUUAUUCAGUACAAGAACCAGCCAGUACCGUUCAGACAGGGUGCCAAUAGCGGAUUUCAUGAGGCUGUAGGGGAUUUGAUCGCACUUUCAGUACAGUCGCGUAAACAUCUACGGAAAAUUGGACUUCUGAAAAGUGAAAAGGACGAUCCUGAAAACGUCCUAAAUAGCCUGUUUCAGAUCGGACUUGACAAAAUCGUGUUUCUUCCAUUUGGGUAUUUGAUGGAUUUGUGGCGAUGGGACGUAUUUGAAGGGAAAAUCACCCCAGAGGAGUACAAUUGCAGGUGGUGGGAGUUGAGGGAGAAGUACCAAGGGGUGGAACCACCGGUAAAUCGCUCAGAGGGGGAUUUUGAUCCUGCGGCCAAGUACCACAUUGUUGCCAGUGUGCCCUACAUUAGAUAUUUUGUAAGUUUUGUGAUCCAGUUCCAGUUUCAUAAAACCGUUUGUGAAAAAGCCGGCCAGUACGACCCCAAUGAUCCCUCCAAACCCCUACACGAGUGUGAUAUCUAUCAAAAUACUGAAGCUGGAAAUGCCCUUAAGAAAAUGCUCCAAUUGGGGUCAUCGAAACCAUGGCAUGAAGCGAUGGAAGUUUUGACAGGGCAUAAAACAAUGGACGCUAGCGCCAUCUUGGAGUAUUUUAAGCCGUUGCAAAAAUGGCUGGAAAAUGAAAAUCAGAAAAAUGGGGCGUUUAUUGGAUGGGAAAAAUCUACGAAAGUUUGUGUCAAGAAUCAAAAAGAGGAAAAUCCCAAAUCGAAAUGAGAGGACUUGAGAUUGUAUUUGGAUAGAAAUUUUUAUUAUUUUUAGAUGUUAAAGAAUUGAAAUAAAAUUCAUGAAACUCAAA